GCGUGGGCGGAGCUGGGGCGGGGCCCCGCCGGGGCUCGCACUAGCUCGGUCCCACGGUGACCGCGGUAGCGGUGGCGACGGCGGCGGCGGCGGGGGCUAGCGUCGGGGCGCGGAGCCGUGCGGAGCCAGAUCCCCGGGGAGCACGGUCUGCCGCAUGUGACGAAGUGCCUGCUCUCAGGGAAAGCACAGCCAUGGCUUCCCCACUGCCCCGGGAGAUGGAGGAGGAGCUGGCGCCUGCUGGCUCUGAGCCAGGUGACCCUCGGACCAAACCCCCAGUCAAGCCCAAACCCCGGGCCCUGCCUGCCAAGCCAGCCCUGCCUGCCAAGCCUAGCCUGCUGGUGCCUGUCGGUCCUCGGCCCCCCCGGGGUCCCCUGGCUGAACUGCCUUCUGCCCGGAAGAUGAGCAUGCUGGCCGGACCCCAGCCCUAUGGCGGCAGCAAGCGUCCCCUUCCCUUUGCACCAAGGCCGAUGGCUGAGCCCCCUGCCGGAGGAGAAGCCCGCCAAGAGACCGGGAAAGAGGAGGUGCCCCCCUUAACACCUCCAGCUCGAUGCGCCGCCCCAGGGGGCGUGCGGAAGGCCCCUGCCCCCUUCCGCCCGGCCUCGGAGCGCUUCGCAGCUGCCACGGUGGAAGAGAUCCUGGCGAAGAUGGAGCAGCCGCGGAAGGAGGUCCCUGCCAGCCCUGACCGCCUCUGGGGCUCCCGCCUCACCUUCAACCAAGAUGGGAGCUCUCGCUACGGCCCCAGGACUUACAGUGUGGCCACCAGUCCCCGGGAUGAGGAUGGUGGGAGCCUCUCCAGGACGUGGUCCCAGGAGGCACCAGCCAAGUCUCCAGCAGAGUGCCAGGAACAGCACAGCAAGACUCCCGAGGAGAGGAGCCCCCCUUCCAACUUGGCCUUCAACGGGGACCUGGCUCGGCCAGGCAGCUCUGAGCCACCUGCUAACGUUCCCAAGCCCUGGGUCCCCUCGAGUCCAGGCCCUGCCAGCCCAGGCCUCCCUGCCAAAGUCUCAGGCCCAGUCCCCGAAUCUCCCCUUCUUCAUUCACCUGAUGGAAGCUCUCCCCACCACUCUCAGCUUCCAGAAGCCCCGAGUUCUUCAGCUUCUGGGGCUUCUCCCCACCUCCCUGCAACUCCAGCAUCCCCAAGUCCAGCCCUGCCUGCCAAGGGCUCCUGCCACCCCCCGAGCCGUGGGCUGCCUGCCGAGGGAACCCCAGAGGCCCUGAGACCCUGCAGCCCUCCCCUCGAAAAGGUCUCAGGGCACCACAGCCCGGAGGAGCCCCCAGUGCCCUCGCCCCGGCCUCUGAUCGAGGCGGGUGAGUUGCUGGAUAUUCCUCGGACGUUUCCAUCUCCGGCGGAGGCAGUGGCCCAGGGGAACGCAGAGCCCCGGCCCAUCAGCCUGGCUCAGCGCCGAUUCUCUGAAGGUGUGCUCCGGCCUCCCAGCCAGGACCAGGAGAAGCUGGGGGGCUCGCUGGCUGCCCUGCCCCAAACCCAAGGGAGCCAGUCAGCCUUGGACCAUUCGUUUGGAUGCGGGACAGAGUCUAACUGGAGCUUAUCACAGUCUUUUGAAUGGACCUUCCCAGCGAGGCCCUCGGGCCUGGGCAUGUGGCGGCUGGACUCCCCACCCCCCUCCCCCAUCACCGAAGCCCCUGAGGUCACUGAGGCUGCUGAGGCCGGUGACUUGGCUGUGUCCGAAGAAGGAAUUUCUGAGCAAGGGACCGGGUCAGCUCCAGAGAGGCCAGGAGGGCCUAGCUCUCAGGUGCAGGGUGGCGACACUGGUACCUCCUCAACCCGAAAGGGCAAUGGAGAGAGCCAACCACAAUCCCCAGCUGUUCCCCUUGAGCCCCUGCCUGCAACGGGGGGCCCUCUGUGGCAGGCAGAGGAGAGGUAUGCUGAGCGGGAGCCCCUGGCCGGGCAGGAGUCCCCUCUCCCUCUGGUCACCAGGGAGGCAGCCCUGCCCAUGCUGGAGCCAGUCCUGGGGCAGCAGCAGCCAGCUCCCCCUGACCAGCCCUGUGUCCUCUUUGCCAAUGCCCCUGAUCCUGGGCAGGCUCUGGCCGCCGAGGAGGAGGCCAUGACCCUGGCCCGGGCUGAGACCACCCAACCCAGGACGGGGGCCCAAGACCCCUGUAGGGCAUCCCCUGAGCCUGUGGGUCCUGGAGCUAGCUCCCGCUGGCUGGAUGACCUCCUGGCUUCGCCGCCACCCAGUGCUGGCAGUUCAAGACGGGCAGCUGGACCUGAGCCGAAGGACACGCAGACCCCCAGUGCCUGCUCCGAGGGACUCCUUGGUUGGGCCCAGAAAGAUCUGCAGAGUGAAUUUGGGAUUGCAGUGGACCCACCUCCCAGCAGUUUCAGCUCUUCCGGCUGGUCUCAAGACACCUCUCAGGACUAUGGCUUGGGGGGCACAAGCCCUAGAGGAGACCCAGGGCUUGGAGGGAGUGACUGGGCCAGCAAGUAUGGACAAGGAGCAGGGGAAGGGAGCCCCCGGGAGUGGGCCAGCAUGCCUGCCACCGGCAGUGGAGACAGGAGUGAAGCCUCUGCCCUGGGGGGGCUCGCGGCCCAGGACCGGGUGGUUGGAAAGCUGAGCUGGCUCCAGGAGGCUGAAAUACAGGACUGGGAGUUCGGAAAGAGGGAUUCCCAGGGCGCUUACUCCAGCCAGGAUGCAGAACUCCAGGACCGGGAAUUUGGGAAAAGAGAUUCCCUGACUGCCUGUGGCAGUCGGGAUGUGAGCCUUCAGGACAAGGAAUUUGGGAAAAGGGACUCGCUGAGCACCUACGGCAGUCAGGAUGCGAGCUUCCAGGACCAGGAUUUUGGAAAAAGGGAUUCACUGAGCACCUACAGCAGUCGGGAUGUGAGCCUCCAGGACCAGGAAUUUGGGAAAAGCGACUUGCUGAGUGCCUAUGGCAGUCGGGAUGUGAGCCUCCAGGACCAGGAAUUCGGGAAGAGAGAUUCCCUGGGCAUCUAUGGCAGUCGAGAUACGAGCCUCCAGGACCAGGAAUUUGGGAAAAGCGACUCGCUGAGUGCCUAUGGAAGUCGGGAUGCGAGCCUCCAGGACCAGGAAUUUGGGAAGAGAGAUUCCCUGGGCACCUAUGGAAGUCGGGAUGCGAGCCUCCAGGACCAGGAAUUUGGGAAGAGAGAUUCCCUGGGCACCUAUGGAAGUCGGGAUGUGAGCCUCCAGGACCAGGAAUUUGGGAAGAGAGAUUCCCUGGGCACCUGUGGAAGUCGGGAUGCGAGCCUCCAGGACCAGGAAUUUGGGAAGAGAGAUUCCCUGGGUGCCUUCGGCAGUCGGGAUGCAAGCCUUCGGGACUGGGAGUUUGGGAAGAGAGAUUCUCUGGGAGCUUACACCAGCCAGGAUCCCAGUGAGCAGGGCCAGGAAUUGGGGAUGAGGGACCUUGGCCGAGAUGCAGAUGAACAGGAUCGGGAGUUUGAGAAGAGAGCUCCCCCCCUUGGCACCGCUGGCAGCCGGGAGGCAGAGCCGCAGGACUGGGGGCUCGGGAACCCGAGUGCCUGGAUGAGCGACUAUUGCGGGAGCAGCGGCUUCCCGGACAGAGGCUUCGGAAUGAGAGGCCUGGGCUCUGGGUUCAGCCCCGAGGAAGCCCAGCAGCAGGUCCAAGAAUUUGAGAAGAAGGUUCCGGGUGGGGGGGAUAGCCUUGGCGAGGCCAGCAGGGAUGCAGGCCAGCCGGAAGGGCAAGACCUGGGGAGCUUGAUGAGCCCUAGCACCCCCCAGCUGCCAGAUGGGGCACCCGGGCAGAGAGGCCAAAACAAUUGGCAAGGCAACACCGCCAGUCAGGAGGGUGGAGGGCUGCAGGGCAGGUGGCAGGCAGGGGCCCAGAGCCCUGGCAAUGCUGACCCAGGAGACGGGGAGACAGGGAAGCGAGGCUGGGCCAGUGAGUUCAGCCUCCAUGUCGCCCCCCAGCAUGAAGGGGCAUUGGGCCUGGGGCAGCGAGACUGGAACAGCGACUUCUGCAUUGAUGACUCGGAGAGGAGCCAUGAGUUUGGCAUCAUUGGUGACGACAGGGUGAGCGGUGCUGACCCGAGCCCUUCUGGCAAGUUGGGAAGUGGCCACGUUGUGCCUCCUGGGAAGACCGCGGUGGACUGGGUGGACCAUCUGGGCCUCAGGAACCUGGAAGCGCCCAGCUGUGUGGGUUCUGGGGGCUCACAUGAGGCCAGGGAGGGUACCUUGGGAGAGAUGGGCUGGUCUGGCCACAUGGGCUUGGCGGAAAUGGGCCGGGCUAGCCAUCUGGAGACUGGAGGGUCCAAAGAGCCCAGGGGGAUUGGAGUCGGGGAGAAGAACUGGACUUCUGAUGUCGGAGCCAGGAGCAGAGAUUUGACUGGGGCUGGGGAGGUAGGAGACCACAGCCAGGCCAGAGAGAGUGGUGUGGGGCAGACCAACUGGUCUGCUGUGCAAGCUGGAGAGUUCCUUAAGUCCCGGGAGCUUGGAGUUGGACAGGCAGACUGGACAGCUGACCUCGGGCUGAGAAACAUGGACCCGGGGCUGGACUGUAGCCCUGGAGAGCCCAGAGAGCUCGGGGUGGGCCACGUGGACUGGGGCUCCAACCUGGGCCCGAGGAAUUUGGAGGUGUCCCGUGAUCGCGACUCUGGAGAUUACCUUGAGCCCCGGGGAUGUGGGGUGGGGCAGAUGGACUGGGCCCAGGACCUGGGGCUCCGGGACGUGGAGCUCUCCCGGGACCUGGGUGAAGCCCGGGAACAUGGGGUGGGAGAGGUCAGCCAGUGCCCACAGCCUGGCCUCAGGAACAACGGGGCCUUGUCCCCCAGCCUGGAGGCCAGAGACCCCUCGGAGGCCAGGGAGCUGGGGAUUGGCAAGACAAGCGAGCCAGAGACCCGGAGUGAAGACGACUCCUCGCCUUCCUUGGAGACCUGCCCCGAAGAUACCAGAACGGAGACUGGAGAAGCCCCCGGCUUUGCAGCCAGCCCCAGUGGGUGCCCUGCCUGCCCCCCACCCUCCAGCUCCCAGGGCUUGCUGGAGGAGAUGCUGGCUGCCAGCCGUUCCAAGGCAGUGGCUUGUCGAGAGUCGGCGGCCUCGGGCCUCAGGGGCCUGUUGGAGGAGGAAGGAGCCACUGCCGGUUCUGACCAAGGGGAGCCUCUGGAGCUGGGCAGAGACCCUCUGCCCUCCUGGAGGCCCCAGCCUGAUGGUGAAGCCAGCCGGACAGAAGAGGUGGAUGGCAGCUGGGGCCACUCAGGGGCUGGGCAGGGCGAGCAGAGGCUGGCCCCUACCACUCGGCAGGCCUCUCAGGGCCCUCUCCCCAGCACCCCCAGCCAGGACUUCUCAUUCAUCGAGGACACUGAGGUCCUUGACAGUGCCAUGUAUCGGAGCCGUGCUAACCUGGGGCGCAAACGUGGGCACCGGGCUCCAGCCAUCCGGCCGGGGGGUACCCUGGGCCUGUCGGACGCUGCAGACUCAGACGCUCGCCUGUUCCAGGACUCUACAGAGCCUCGGGCUUCUCGGGUGCCCUCGUCGGAUGAGGAGGUGGUGGAGGAGCCUCAGAGCCGGCGGACACGGAUGUCUUUGGGCACCAAGGGGCUGAAAGUCAACCUCUUUCCUGGCCUGAGCCCGUCAGCCCUGAAGGCCAAGCUGCGUUCCCGGAACCGCUCGGCUGAGGAGGGGGAGCCGGCGGAAAGCAAGUCGACCCAGAAGGAGCCUGCUGUCCAGCGCUCCAAGUCUUGCAAGGUCCCCGGGCUGGGGAAGCCCCUCACGUUACCUCCCAAACCAGAGAAAUCCUCAGGGUCGGAGGGGUCAUCGCCCAACUGGCUGCAAGCCCUGAAGCUGAAGAAGAAGAAGGUCUGAGAAGUCACGGAGGUCCUUCCCAUCCGGCAGUCUCAGGCAAUGCCCAUUCCUGUGGGGCCCCAGGGUGAGGAGAUGGCUGGAGCCCCACCACGCCCCAGGCUGCAGCCUCUGUCCCUCGCACCACCUCUGAGGAGGCACAUUUAUGCACUUUGUAUCACCCCCCAGUUCCCCCCUUCCCCCACCUCCCCCUAACCUGGAGUCCGUCCUUAGUGGUCGAAGGUUUUGGUCCCUCGCUCUCUUCCCUCCUUCCUCUCUGCUUCCUCCUCCAGCCUCCCUUGGGUUUUCUUUUGAUACCAAUUUAUAGCAUUUUUUAUAAAAGCCUUUGAUUUUUGUAAUGGGCGGAGCCCUGCCCCAGUGCUGCCCCAGCUCCCCCUCCACCCUGCCAGGUGCCCCACGGAGACCAAUGACAUUUUGCCACUUGAAACAAUAAAGUUUUUUGGGAAUUGGU